UCAAAUUUCUCUCAAAUUGAUAGAAAAUUGUCGCCCUGUAAACCGCUUCUUCAAUAUCUCUGUUAUUAUAAUACUUAAAAACUAACAAAAUUUUAAAAAAUGGCAUUAAACAAACUUAGUAUUGAUGCCCUUAAUUUGGGUGGUAAGCGAGUAUUGAUGAGAGUGGACUUCAACGUACCUUUAAAAGAUGGUGCUAUCACCAAUAAUCAGCGCAUCGUAGCUGCUUUAGACUCUGUAAAAUAUGCCUUAGAAAAAGGUGCAAAAUCUGUAGUUCUUAUGUCACAUCUCGGACGACCUGACGGUCAAGCGAACUUGAAAUACACACUGAAACCCGUUGCUGAAGAGCUUAAAAAGCUCUUAAACAGAGAUAUUACAUUCCUUCCUGACUGUGUGGGAGUUGAAGUAGAAGCUGCCUGUGCAGAUCCCCCAGCAGGCUCAGUGAUACUUCUUGAGAACCUUCGUUUCCAUAUUGAGGAAGAAGGAAAGGGCGUUGAUGCAAGUGGUGCCAAAGUAAAGGCUGACCCUGAAAAAGUAAAGGCAUUUAGAGCUGGUCUGAGAAAACUUGGUGAUAUCUACAUUAAUGAUGCCUUUGGCACUGCACAUAGAGCUCACAGUUCCAUGAUGGGUGAAGGCUUCGAUCAGAGGGCUAGUGGAUUUUUACUCAAAAAAGAACUUCAAUAUUUUGCUAAAGCUCUCCAUGAGCCAGAAAGACCUUUCCUUGCUAUUCUUGGUGGUGCUAAAGUGGCUGAUAAAAUCCUCCUUAUUGAAAACUUGUUGGACAAAGUCAAUGAAAUGAUCAUUGGAGGUGGAAUGUCAUUCACUUUCCUUAAAGAAACCAAGGAUAUGCCUAUUGGAAAUUCAUUGUAUGAUGCGGAGGGAGCUAAAAUUGUAUCUAAGUUGUUAGAGAAGGCAGCUAAAAAUAAUGUAAAAGUCCACUUGCCUGUUGACUUUGUCAUUGGCGACAAAUUUGAUGAAAAUGCUCAGGUUGGAACAGCAGAUAUUGAAUCUGGAAUUCCUGAUGGUUGGAUGGGUCUGGAUGUAGGACCUAAAACUCGGGCGUUAUUCGCUGAACCCAUUGCCAGGGCGAAAGUUAUCGUUUGGAAUGGUCCUCCUGGCGUUUUCGAGUUUGAAAAAUUCUCUGGCGGCACCAAGGCACUCAUGGACGGUGUAGUCAAGGCAACUGCUAAUGGAACCAUCACUAUCAUUGGCGGUGGUGAUACAGCGACCUGCUGUGCCAAGUGGGGCACAGAGGACAAAGUAUCGCACGUGUCCACUGGGGGUGGUGCCUCUCUGGAAUUACUUGAAGGAAAAGUUCUCCCGGGCGUAGCAGCUUUAACCGAUGCCUAGGAAAACACCACAAAGUGACUAGAAAUUAGCGCAAAUACAAUAAUAAUACUUCUUUUGUGUGCAAUAGUAUUA